AUGAGGCAAAAACCACUAGUUGUCGACUUUAAUUUCGAUCAAAAUGAAAAUAAAGACCCUUUCUUGCAAGAAGAGUAUGUAUAAUUAGAGCAAAUCCUAUCUUUUUUCUGUUUUUUUUUUUUUUUUGCAGAUUCGAGCGUGAGUUGUGUUUAUUUACUAACAUCUAUGUAGGGACGAUUUCCGACUAAGCGAGCUCAUACCUAGAAUCUUAUAUGAACGUCGAUCUUUUUUGAACAUCACUGAAGAUUCCCUCAAGCGUGAAAUUGAGAGUCUGAAUACUUUGAAAAAGGGCGUUGACGGAGAGAAUGAAAUUGAUGAACAAAAUGUACAUGCAGUUGAUGAUGAUGAUCAAAUAAUCCCAGAGGAGAUUGCUGAACUCAAAGAUGCUGCUGCUGCUGCUGCUGCUGCUACAACAACGACAACAACAACAGCAGCAGCAGCAGCAGCAGCAACAACAACAGAAACACCAGCACCAGGAACGACAACCGAAUCGGCGCAGGAUAUUUUCAACAGGCAAAGGAUCGAGUUAUCCAAAGAUGUGGCCAAUGCAUUGAAUGAAACGUCGUUAUCACUCGACUUUGUUUCCCUACUUUUAUCAUCGGUGAAACCAAAUAUAUCCAAAAACACAAUGUCCCCUCACCUUCAAAAGUUCAUCAAGCCGUCGUCGUUGAACUCCGACAAGUUGGAAGUUGAAGAUGCUGAUGCUGCUGCCAAUGAUAGCAUCAAGAACAAUAAAGUGGGACAGGGCUGGAAGGCUGAAGCCAUGAAGAAAGUAACUGAGCUUUUUAAAACUACCAGUGAAAAUGUAAAACAGCAAGUUGCCAAGGAGCGCCGGUAUUGGAAUAUGAUAAACUUGGUACGUUCGAAUAACGAGGCAUUGUUUCGGAUGAGAGAUCCCGUUAGCAACGCCAGGGCAAUUGGGGUACGGUAUGGAUACAGCGACUCCGGUUCGGAUUUGCUGGAUAAAGGUCUCGCGUUGUUGCGCAAGAAUACGCAAACUGGCGAGAUUUCGUUUGUGCCCUUGAGCUCCAACACGAGCCAGCUCAAUAAUAAUACUAGUCAGCGCAAAUAUGUCAGAGUGCGCAUGUUGACGAAAUUCGAUGACGAUUACAUUGUGACUGGCCAAUCACGAUUCAACUACGACUACAACACCUCUACUCACGACAUCAUCAACCAGAUUGAAAAUGCCCGGGUCUUUUUAUUUGAAACCGACUUGUUUUACCAAUUGACUCGCGAGGCCAAGAUUUUGCUUAGUUACAAAGUCGCCACGACGCAAGACAAAAUCUCAAUUGAGAUUGCCGAUGGAAUCAUUGAGAUUGAAAAUGCCGUUUACGAUGAAUUGAACGAGGAGCCAUACUUGGGCAACUAUUAUCAAAAUGUCAAUGAGGCAUCAUCGAUCAAUAACGACAAAUGCCAGUUGGUCUUGACUUAUUUCAAGCUCAUGCUUUGCUGUUUCUACAAGUACAAUUUGAAGUUGAAGCAAAAAGUGCCCACCUCGUUGACCAAGUGGAAGCAAAGCAACUCGCACCCGUUGAUCCUACGCCCCUUUUUGGGUAACAUUCGCCACGAGUCGUACAUUAGUUGCAUGCAGAAAAUACUAGAAGAUCUAGUCGCUGGCAAGAGCAUCAAGAAGGAGGAGGGUGAUAAUGAUAAUUACAAUAAGCCCAAACUACACAAGUUCUCCAACUUGAAGGAAAAAUCAAAGAACCCAUUCCAAAAGGCCAUCGAGAAACCAAGGUCAGUUUUCGAUUUAAGUUUGCACAACUCAAAGUCCAACGUGUUGAAAAUCAAGAUUGUCAUCACCACCAACGAACUUUUCGUCGACUUGAUCCUCAGGUUAACCACGAUAAAGUAUGAGACAGUAACAGAUUUCGAAGCCGACAUCAACGGCACCAAUAUCUUGCAAAUGGAUUUCAACGAUUUUGAAGAGAUUCAAACUUGCCUAGAUUGGACAAUCCGGGAUUUCCUUUGA